ACAUCAACUUCAAAUUGUAUCUGAAAGAUCAGCCUAGGACCUAAGGGCAGACACAUCAGUUGGAGCUCAAUUGUUGAUCAGAUCACAUCUAAGGGAUUUAGGAGCACAGAAGAGCCGAGAUUUGAGGAAAGACACCCCACUGAAUCCUGCCACACUCCUCCUCCUCCUCCUCCAUACCUAGGGUGCAAUAUAUAUCUGACAGAAAGAAAUAAGAACGAAAAAAGAAAAUUAUCGGCUCGAUUUCUUUUCUCUCGCCCUGCCUGACUCCAGUAAAGAGCGGGGGGGAGGAAAAAAGAGAGAGAGAGAGAUCCAGAGAAGCCCGGGUUUGUUCCGCUCCCCUCCCCGGCUCUUCAGCAGGCUCCCUCCUCCCCCUUUCUUUUUUUUUUUUUUUUUUUUUUUUUGUAUAAUUCCUUCCCCCCCUUCCCCCCUCCUCUUUUUUUUUUUUUUUUUAUAUCUCUGCUGCUUCUGCUGCUGCCGCCAGUGCUGCUGCCGCCGCCUCUGUGCCCGCGCCCCGGAGAUGUCCUUCCCCCAGCUGGGCUACCCGCAGUAUCUCAGCGCCAGCCAGGCGGUGUACGGGAGCGAUCGGCCCGGGGUCCUGGCCGCCGCCGCCGCAGCCGCCGCCGCCGCCGCUGCCGCCUCGGGCCGGCCCGCGGGCGCCGAGCUUGGCAGCGGCUCGGCCGCUGUCACCUCGGUGCUGGGCAUGUACGCCAGCCCCUACAGCGCCCCCAACUACAGCGCCUUCCUGCCCUACACCGCCGACCUCGGCCUCUUCUCCCAAAUGGGCUCCCAGUACGAGCUGAAAGAUAAUCCCGGUGUCCACCCUGCUACCUUUGCUGCCCACACUGCCCCCGCCUAUUAUCCCUACGGACAAUUCCAAUACGGGGACCCGGGGCGGCCCAAAAAUGCCACCCGGGAGAGCACCAGCACCCUCAAGGCCUGGCUCAACGAGCACCGCAAGAACCCCUACCCCACCAAGGGCGAGAAGAUCAUGCUGGCCAUCAUCACCAAGAUGACCCUCACCCAGGUCUCCACCUGGUUUGCCAACGCCCGCCGGCGGCUCAAGAAGGAGAACAAGGUGACCUGGGGCUCCAGGAGUAAGGACCAAGAAGAUGCAAACCUCUUCGGGAGUGACAAUGAGGGAGACCCCGAGAAGAAUGAAGAUGAUGAGGAAAUUGACCUGGAAAGCAUAGAUAUAGAUAAAAUCGAUGAGAAUGAUGGGGAGCAGAGCAAUGAGGAAGAGGAGGAGAAGCCCGAGCUCCUGAGACAAAGCAGUGAAGAGGAGCACUUGGAAAAGGAGAAGGAUUUGGCACUGUCAGGGUCUGAAGGGCUGAAACCCAAAGACGCGCUGGCCAUGGUGAAGGAGGCCUCUGACAAUAGCACAAGAAUCAUCAGUCCUGGGGGACCGAACAAUUUACAGAUGCCAUCUCACAGCAAACCCAAGAUUUGGUCUUUGGCAGAGACGGCAACCAGUCCUGAUGGUGCCCUGAAAUCUUCUCCUCCUCCUCCCCCUCCAACCCAGGUUAACCACACUUCUCCUCAGAUUCAGCACCCUGCUUUUCUCCCUAGCCAUGGACUCUAUACAUGCCAGAUUGGCAAAUUUCACAACUGGACAAAUGGGGCUUUCCUCACUCAGAGUUCCCUUCUAAAUGUGAGGUCCUUUUUGGGAGUAAAUCAUCACCAUGCUGCUCAUCACAAUCACCACCUCCAGGCCCAGCAACAAUCUUCUGUUUUAACAGCAACCCUGGGAGCGCUAAGCAGCGACAAACCUUCAGAGAGGACCAGUCCCAAACACAUAGAAAGAGAAAAUGUACCAAGAACUGACUCCCCACCCCAGCCGCUAAAAUCGCCCUUCCAGCCUGUCCGUGACAACUCUUUGGCUCAGCAAGAGGGAACACCGAGAAUUUUAACAGCUCUCCCUUCUGCUUGAUUAAAUGAUUUGGUGAAAAAAUAUUACAGAGACUGGUAUUAAGGACAGAGAGAGUGAAAAAAAAAGGAAACGGUAUAAACGACUCCCAUCAAUCUCUUUUUGCAAUAAGGUGGUGCAAAUCCAUAAAAGUAUUACACAAAUCUGUAGAUGGAUCCCCUUCCUCAUUGUACCAUUUCAGAUCGUGUUAUUCUAACCAUUCUUGGAUUAUUUGUUUGGUAAAUGUUUCCCAUGUGUUUGUGGUUUUCUUUUUUCUGUAUAUAGAGUGAUUUCAGAUUGUAAAUAACACGUCAGCAAAACUUGUCUAAAUCAUAUAUUUUUGUCUAAUAAACUAAAUGAAAUUAUGACCUCUCUUCAGGUAUGUAUUCUGUUGCUACAGAUCUUAUACAUAUAUUACAAAUCUAUCCAAACAUUUAUAAUUAGUUUUUAAAAAAGGUUAAGUCUCCUCCUUUGGGUAACUGAAACUUUAAGUAGCAAAUCCAAGCUAUUUUGCCAAAAACAAGCUGCGAGCUUCUUUUUUUAUACACGCAAAUUUACGAAGUUGAGUGAAGAUGGCCUUAGUAAUAUUAAAGUUAUUUUUGCAUUUGUGGUGAUUCAGAUGUGCUCUGUAGGUUCCAUUUUCCAGACAUGAAUGGACCUGACUUCCACUUACACUGCAAAAUAGUUUCUUAAAACUGAAAGGGACAAGUUUUCUCACAGUUCCCUAGUGUAAAAUUUUGCUGUCCAAACUGGUUGCUAAGUUUGAUCGAGAGCUUUAGUGCUUGGUAUAUAUUCUCACCCAAGAUGAAAAAAAAAAAAAUCAUAGUUUAGGAAAAAGAAUUAUUUGUUAUAUUUAUUAUAUGCGCUUUGAAUAAACACAGAGGAGAUAUAACGGUGAAAGAUAUUUUCCUGUGAGAUUAAAUACAGUCUUUGUAGAAAAAAAGAAAAAAGAAAAGGGCAGCUCUUGCACAUCUUAGAAAUCUUAGAAGAAAGUUUUACAAUUCCGAUCUGCUGGUUGAAAAUAGACUGAGAGACAGGAUCUAUCGUUUUAUAAAGGCAUUAAUCUUACAAAGACAGUCCGUUGAAAUGUGUAAUAUUUUGAGUGUUUAUUUCUCUUUUUUUUCCUCCUAAAUGAGAACACUAAAUGAGCAUUGAGGUGCUAAUAAGAUACCAGAUGGUUGUUGAUGGUGGAAAAUGGAAAGAAGCAGCUGGGAAAGUCAUUAAGAAAUAAUGCGGUGACGCCCUAUCCAAACUAAACCAACCUCAAACCAGGACUUGUUCGAAACAAGAUGAGAUUUUCAAAUAAAAUAUUAAUAAAAUUCUCGUCAGAGAUCAGAAUAUUGAUCUUGAUUUAUCUGCAAGAUCAUCUCAAUCAAAGAGCAGCCUCCCUAAACUGUGGCUUAGAGAUCUGUUGGCAAAGCGGUGGAGGCGGUGGGCUCCUACAUUUUGCGUUUUUCUGGUGGAGCAGAGAAACAGGCCAGGCAAAAUAGAUUUUCUGUGGAAUAUCUGAAGGAGAUCCUCUGGAAAGAGUCUCAUUUUGACAUCCUGAAGAUCCUAGCAUACCAUAAAUUAGUUUGUAUUUUGGUUUUUAGUUGUUUCGGUGUAUUUUUUUCCCCCCUUUUCUUAAAUGACAUUCUCGCGUUGGUAAUUGUUCCAACAAAAGAGAACAUUGUACUUUUUACCAAACUAGA